GAUUAAAUUUUAAUUAAUGUUAAUAUAGAUUUUUUCAAAUAUUGUAAUAUGUUCGAAAAUGAGUAAUGCACAUGCGCAGUGAAAAGACUUUAAGUUAUUGGUUUGGACGCCAUGUUGUCAUGGAAACGGAUAUAAGCAUGGCCGAUUAUACGACAGUUUACAAUUACCAGCCGUACAAGAAGGUAAUGAUUAAAUAUCUAACGAUAUCUCAUCGACAUUACAUGAUUUUUUAGUGAUGUGAGAAAACAUGCGAGACUACUCGUGUUCAGUGCCGGACACGUGUACGGCCGUGCGGUUAGCGUGAUAGAUCUCAAGAUACUGAUUUUGAAGGUUACCUUUGUUGGUCGAAACGAGAAUUGGACGAAUGCGGAAGAAGAUGAAUCGGUAUAUAACCUUGAACCAACUUGGUGACGGUACCUUUGGUUCCGUUGUGCUCGGCGAACGUAUCGACACUGGAGAAAAGGUCGCCAUAAAAAGAAUGAAAAGGAAAUACUAUUCUUGGGAGGAAGCCAUGAAUCUUCGAGAGGUCAAGUCCUUGAAGAAACUUAGCCACGCGAACGUUGUGAAAUUGAAGGAAGUUAUUCGAGAAAAUGACGUACUAUACUUUGUCUUCGAGUAUAUGAAGGAGAACUUGUAUCAAUUAAUGAAGGAUAGGGACAAGCUUUUUCCAGAACCGGUGAUCAGAAACAUGGUGUACCAAGUUUUACAAGGACUUGCCUUUAUGCACAAACACGGUUUUUUUCAUCGUGACAUGAAGCCAGAAAAUUUAUUAUGCAUGGGGCCGGAACUAGUAAAGAUAGCUGACUUUGGAUUAGCCCGGGAAAUACGGUCAAGGCCACCCUACACCGACUAUGUGUCGACUAGAUGGUAUAGAGCACCAGAAGUUUUGCUACAUUCGACGAAUUAUAAUAGUCCAAUUGAUAUUUGGGCUGUUGGAUGUAUUAUGGCUGAACUUUACACAUUCAGACCUCUAUUCCCUGGCAAAAGUGAAAUAGACGAGAUAUUUAAAAUAUGUUCAGUCAUUGGGACGCCGGAGAAAGAUGACUGGCCCGAAGGUUAUCAGUUAGCAUCGGCAAUGAAUUUCAAAUUUCCAAAUUUCACAAAAACGUCAUUAGCUGUACUGAUACCCAAUGCAAGUCAAGAAGCUGUGAUAUUGAUGGAAGAUAUGUUGCAAUGGAAUCCUAUUAAAAGGCCAACAGCACAACAAUCUUUGAGGUAUCCGUAUUAUCAAAUUGGAAUUCAACGUGUGGUUAGCAGUAAAAAAAUUGGAGUAUCAUCGCAGAGAGAAUUGAUAAUGAACAAAGUCAAUCUUCCACCGCCGAUUCCAAAACAAUCAAAUUAUCAUCAGCAUGAAGAUAUAAUCAAUAACGUAGUACAAUCUAGAGUACAAGAGAAGAUUGUACAGCCACAGCAACAACCGGUAUUACCAUUAUUGAAUCAUAAUAAUCGUAAACGUGAAAACAACUCGUCUAAAUGGGACGAAGAUGAUUUCGCUGAUAUCUUAGGAAGCAAGAUAAUCCCAGAGAGCAUCGAAACAAAGCUACUGCCUGAUCGUGUUUACAAAGAAAAUCGUGCCAAUUGGAAUGCCAAUUAUGCCGAGGCUGAGAAUUUCAAGCAGACCAAUAUGAAUUGGUCAUUGCCGGUUUGGAACGAGACGAUGCAAUUAAAGAAUUGGAAUCAACAAUCUCAAUCGGCUACGAAGAACACUAGGAAGGUCUCAGCUAAACAACAUUAUCUCAGCGUGGCUCGGUACGUCGCUGGCCAAACCACAAAUUUGUCGUCCAGAAACGGAGACACCGACUCGAAUCGAUCAAGAAUUACGAUGAACGGCAUGAUAGGUCCACCUAGUUCAGAAAAAUAUGAGGAAUACAAUGACAACUUUUGGGGACCCAGAGAGAACGUUGAGAAUCAAACAAGGCAGCAUUAUCUCCCACGAAAUCGUUUCAUAGCCGAGCAAAAUUCAAGAAUGCCUUAUCCCAGUGUUUAUGGUACGCAUAAUAUCAAACAACCAAAUAAAUCAGCUCUACAAACGAAUCUCUUUGGAAGUGUCUUGAAUGUUCGUGGAAGUGGCGGUGGACUCCAUGGUCGAACUGAUUGGGCUGCUAAAUAUCUCAAAUGACCACGUUACAAUUCCUCCUAAAAUGAAAGAUUUAGUUUUUAUCGAUACUUACCUUAAUCUGUGAUAGAAUGAUUCCAAUCGUUCCAACAAUUUUGCAUUUUGCAUAAUCGUUCGUUUUAGAAAAAUAGAUUUCUAUUUUGUAGUAUUAGAUUUACCCUAAUACUGUUUUGUUUUUUUUUUAUUUUUUUUAUUUUUAAUAUUUUUUCUUUUUUUUCCUAUUUCCUUCUCUUUUUUCUUUUUUCUUUUGUUUUCUCAAUUGAUUAUUAAUACCAAUAAGGUAAGAGAAAAGAGAAAAAAGAAAGAAAGAAAGAAAUGAAAAAUGAAUUCGAUAUUCAUUAUUCGAAUAUUUUUUUGGAUAAUAUUCUGAUAAUAUUUAGAAAAAGCAAUGAAUGGAACGUGUGCGUGAUCGUUUAUUGUUCAUGAAUAUAAAUGAAGCUAAGAAAAGUUAGUCAUAUUAUCGUAUUAAAUGUCAUAAUAUAUA